AUGUCGUGCCCUGUAACUUUUACCCCGGAAAGCCAAGUGGGCGACAUUGAGGAGUUAAUCCGUGGUGGAGAUGAAGACGCUGAGUUCAAACACUCUGCUAUCAAAGGCAGCAUCAACAGUCUUGUCAUAGUUGAGCUCGCCACGAUAAAGAGUGAGUCUCGUCUGAAGCAUCUCCUUCAAAGGUUACCCAGUUACUGUCCAGAGUCCAUGAAUGAGCUGUGGAUGUGCAUCAACUCUACACUUCCAGGAGUAUCCAGGAAAUCAGAUGGCUGGGUGGGGCUGGGCUGCUGUGAGCUGGCUAUCUCAGCUGAGUGUCGCAGGGAAUGCAGACAGGCAACAUCUAAAAAUGACAUAACGAAAGUUUGCAAAAAAGUCACGGAGAAUUCCCUCUACAGCUGCAUCACCAAAAAUGAAAUGGGCUCUACAUGCUGCAGCUAUGCAGGGCGUCACACCACCUGUAGGGAGUACUGCCAAGCCAUCUUCAGGACUGACUCAACACCCACUGUGUCUCAGAUCAAUGCUGUCAAAGAGUAUUGUCAGAGUCACAGCGCUCAGCUGCUCAGCUGUGUCAGCAACUUCACCAAGUCCUACCCCAUACGCAGCCCCAUAGACAGUCUGUACUGCUGUGACCGGGCAGAGGCUACCCACUGCCAGGUAGCCUGCCGGAGAAUCCUUCGCACCAUGAGCACAGAGCAUGAGAUCAUGGAGGGUUUGAUCGAGCAGUGUGGCUCUCAGCCCCUCCCUCAGGAACCCAUGUGGCAAUGCUUUCUGGGCAGUGCCAACCCUCCUCCUCCACCUGAAGAAGAGACCCCCCAUCCUGUCAAGAUGGACUGUGCCAAACUGCACUGUUGCUCCAAGGCCAACACCUCACUCUGCAGGGACAUGUGUCAGGAGAUCAGCACUAACUGGGGCAGCCAGACGUGGCAGGACUUCGACCAGCUCUGUGAAUACAAUCGAGUGGAGACAGAGCUCAUCAACUGUCUGGCCGAUGUCCGAGAACCCUGCCAACUGGGCUGCAAGGACCUCACCUACUGCACCAACUUCAACAACAGGCCCACAGAGCUGUUCCGCAGCUGUAAUGUCCAGUCAGACCAGGGAGCCAUGAACGACAUCAAGCUGUGGUCCAAUGGAACGAUCAAGAUGCCGUUCAUGAACAUCCCCGUGCUGGACAUCAGGAAAUGUCUCCCGGACAUGUGGAAGGCUGUAGCCUGUUCCCUGCAGAUAAAACCCUGCCACAGCAAGUUCAGAGGGAGUGUCAUAUGCAAAUCAGACUGUGUGGACAUCCUGACCCAGUGUGGGGACAGGAAACGUUUCCACGAAGGACAAACACCAGAGAGGAUCUGUGAACUGAUUUCACCAAUUGAUGACCCUGAACGCUGCAUCCCCCUCCACAGAUACCUCACCCCCAGUUCCCUUGGCAACAACAUUGUUGAGGAGGUUAUCCAUCCAUGCAACCCCAACCCCUGCCCCAGCAACCACUUGUGCCAGGUCAACAGGAAGGGUUGCCUUGAUGAACUCAACUGUCAGCCAUUCCUCUGUGUACCAGGCUGUAAACUGGGUGAAGCCUCCGAGUUCCUUGUGCAGCUGGACGCGCGUAUCCAGGUGCCAACUCGCGCUGGUCCUGCUGGGUGCUAUGAAGUGUGCAGCUGUGGUCCCAGUGGGCGUCUGGAGAACUGUGUGGAGACGCCCUGUGUGGACAUCAACAAGCCCUGCAUCGUCGGAGGACAGAGGAAGAGCCAUGGGACAUCUUUCAAGAUUGACUGUCACACUUGUUCCUGCUUCGCUGGCAACACCAUCUGCUCCACCAGAGAAUGUCUCCGCUUCGGCAACUCGGACGAGGACAGACUACACUUUACGGGUCUUCCCUGUAGUUGUCCGGACCGCUUCAUCCCAGUGUGUGCCUCUAAUGGGCGGACCUACCCCUCUGCCUGUGUGGCUCGCUGUAUGGGAUUCAAGGACCAUCAGUUUGUCUUUGGCCAGUGCCACCUGAGUAACCCCUGUGCUGACAAACCAUGCCAGAGAAAUCAGAGGUGCAUCCCAAAGUUUCGUGUGUGUCUGAGUAAUUCAUCAAACUGCCCGCAGUACGAGUGCAUUGGCCGGCCGGCGGCAUGUGAUAAGAACAGCGUGGAACCCGCUUGUGAUACCGACGGCUUGGUCCACCCCAGUCUGUGCCACCUGCAGCAGGCUGGGAAAGCUCUGGCUUACAUGGGCCACUGCCAGGAUGCCUGCAGGAAGCGACAGGAAGUUUGCGGCCAUAACGGUGAGACCUACAACACAGUGUGCGAUGCCUUCUCUGACCGCGUGGCUGUGGACUACGAGGGCUCCUGCCACGCUGUGGGGGCUGUGUCUGACGUGGCCCCCGAGUCCGCCUGCAGUUUGAUUCCCUGUCCACCUCUGUCGACUCCAGGCUGCCACCCUGUCACACCGCCCGGAGCAUGUUGUCCAAUCUGUGCCAGUAUGCUGCAGAUCCUGUGGAGCAAAGAACAGAUGAACACUUUCUCUAAGCUGAAUAAGAACCAGCCACUGACGGUCCAUGAUGUCCUGCGGAUCCUGAGGCUCCAUGUCUCCGUGCCACAGUGUGACGUCUUCGGCUACCUGAGCAUCAACCAUGAGCUGGUGGUCCUCAUCGCUCCGGUGGACCAGCAGCCAACCCCACUGCAGAUUGAAGCCUGCAGUAAAGAGGCCGAGAAGAUCGAUUCCCUCAUCAACUAUGCCAGCCCCACACUGGUCUCCCAAGUUCCCCUCUCUGCCUUCCUCACCUCCGAGAUCAAGAUCUCCUCCAUCCAUUCCUCCACCGGUGCUCCGACUUCACCCCUGGCCCCCGGCGUCUGCCUUCUCCUUGGCCUUCUCAUCGCUGCGGCACCUGGCCUCAAUCAGCUCUAAGUCCUUCCCCCUCCCCCUCCCCCAGCCCCGUCACCUAUUGCUGUGUGUUCCAAAUUACCCAACCUACCAAGCCCUCACCCCACCCUCACUUACCCCUCCCCGCUCCUAGGAUGAUAUGGGUGACAUGAGGUGAGUGUGUCUUGGCAGCGGCCGAGCAGGAAGAGGCUGCCGCGUCGUCUUUCGACAAUCAUUCCAGUUUAGUCACCUGCGCGUCAAGCAAUCAAGGCGGUGGAAAAGCUAUUAUUUUGAAAAGCUUUUGUUUGAACAGUAUUAUAUUCAGUGGAUGAGUUACUCACUGGGUUUCCCUCCAGUGAAGUGUGCUUUAGCGUGUCUGUGUGUGUGUGUGUGUGUGUGUGUGUGUGUGUGUGUGUGUGUGUUUGGGUCUGACCUUUAAGAAGCAUUUGACUUUAUACCAGCAGUGUUUAUCCAUUAAUCCCAGCAGCAAGCUCUCCCCGGGAAACUAUUAAGUCGGAAUGUAAAUUUCAUGACUCAUCUGUCUUGUUCUGAGUGUGUGUGUGUGUGUGUAUGUGUCCAGUUGGAUUUCAGAGACAGGCGAGGACAAAACAUCCCUGUCUGGCAGCACAUCUGUCUGACAAAUUACCCAAAAUUCAUUUGGCCACAACCACUUUCACACACACUCAAACAGACCGAUCUCUGUUACAUCCAGACGUCUCUGUUACGUAUUUAGUGACACGUUCAAAGCCUCUGAUAAAUGGGAAUGCACAGUCUGUACCCCACAGUGCAUCAUGUACAGUAUAUACAUGUGAGGUGUAUGUGGACCUAGUGUUUGAACCUCGAACCUCAGCAGUGUUAGUGCCAUGCUCAUGGACUGAGCCAGCUCAGAAGAAGCUAAUCCAGCCUCCAAAGUCAGUUUACUGAACUGAGUGUCCCUAAACAUGACCAGUUCAAAUGCCAGUCAAAAAGUUUGGAAAGCAACGGAGCCCGGUUUCUGCUCUGUUUCACACAGCAGUGUCGUGAAGCAGAUCAGAGCUGACAUGAUGAUCCAAGAUUUAAAAAAUCUAUUUUCCCUGAUAACAUGAAGCUUUUCUCCCCCAAAAAAAACCUGAUAAGACUUUGCCUGAUGUGGUGUUCAGAAAAUAUCCAUAAUAUAUGCUACACACGACUUUCACACCAUGAUGAAUCUUAAAGAGUAUGAGUAAGACAAAGGAGAGGAGCAGUUUAUAGUACAUACAGAUGUUAUUCUGCAUGGUAGCUGAAAAGGAUCUGAGAAUGUUGGUCAUCCAACACGUGUUCUCCAUGUGUCAGAACAUCAAAUCCAGAAGUCAAAUUAGUGUCAUAUUGGUUUUUCCCAAUAUAUAAAGAAAAGAUUUAGCUGCUGUAUCUUCUACAUGAAGAUUUAACUUUAAGACAAACACUGUCACACCAAACAAAUCAAAAAACGAUCUGCAUCAUGUUAUAACAUAAUUUGAUGAAAUGAGAAAACAUGAGUGACAAACAAUAUUACUGCAGUAUGGUUAAAAAGAUUAUUUGAUCAAUGAGAAAUGAACAAAAUGUCGUUAAAACACGAUCAGGAGAAAAAUCAUUGGUCUCUAUGUGCAAACACAGAGAAGUGGGCAGGGACAGUCAACAAAGUGCAGUUCACUCCUGUGCAGCGUCAGGUCACUUUAAUCAAUACUAAAUGGUCACUUACUGGUCAGACUACAACCCUCAGUUUGGGGAAAAAAAUGUAAAAAUGAAUAAUCACACCUCUUUGGAGUGUUGGGUCACCAAAAUCCCUUCAUAUAUAACCACUUCACAAUAUGAUAAUGAUUUUUAAAAAAAAAGGUGUGACAGCAAUAUGCUUCCAUUUCGAUGCGUUCACUUCUCUCCCUUUUUUUCCAAAUCAACGAGCUGAUCGUGAAGUGAACAGACAGCCGCCUGGAAAUUGGAAUGUGUUUCUCCACCAAUCCACUGUUGAACAAGUGAAGAUAAGCGACACUGACAUAACCUGACUUUCACUCUUGUUCGUAUUUGAUCCUAAUUCCCAUCAUGCCCCUCGAUAAGGUCUUUUCAUUACAUUCUCAGCCUACGACCGAUCGCAAAGACUUUCGAUCAAAAAAAUUAUCAUUGUCUGAACGUGACUUGACAUAAUCUUGAUUGCAAAACUUAUUGGGUCAUUAGUUAUUCUCUCUCUGGAGACACAGAGGAGAUUGAACAACUCUUUCCACAGUGCUUCUCCCUCUGAAGAGUCCAAAUGGUGAACAGUCUCUUCAAAUUGGAUGGUACAUUCCAAAUUGGUGGUUUUGUCCUUUGGAAUCAGUGUAAUUAAUUCACAUUAGACUAUAAAAUAUUCCGCAGCAGAGACCUCGCAGGUGUAUCAGGGAAACACUGUUACAGGGAAUCUUAUGAGCACCGCUUCUAAAGUGUCAUCAGGUCAAACGGGAGAUGAAGGCUCUGUUGUCAUGUCGGAGAAACGUCCGGAUCAUCGCUCCCUUUGUGUGAGGCCAGUAGCUCUGAACAGUAUUAAAAGGGAUGUUUUCUCUGUGUACAUAUGAACCAGAAGCCAUUUAAUAACAAAAGGACAAUCAGCUAGUCCCUACCCACAAUCCACUUUGGGUAGAGAAGAUAUUCCACAGUAUGCCUUGCAUAUAGUGUCUUAUAUGAAGUAAUAGUAAAAAAAAAAGAAAAUGCAAUAACUUUAUAUUUGUUAAGAAAUGUCUCUAUAUUUGAUAUGUUUUUGAUAUGGAUUGAGAUAAUAAUAAUCUAUGUGCCAUGUUUUUUAAACAAAUAGUUGCUAUUCUUUAUUGCAUGAUGACAAUUAUGAAGUGUUUUACUCCAGAAUGUAUUACAGUGUGUGUUGUCCCGUGUCUGUGUGUGUGUGUCUCUGCCUGUAAAGCACAAUGUGUCUCAUUGUCGAACAGUAUUACUGUGCUGGGCAGCUCUGUAGCAGGGAACCCUGUCCAUGGCUCCUCUAUCUAGUAUUAUUAUAAUUAUUAUCAUUAUUAUAAUAAUAAUUUGUUGUAUUAUUGUUGAUGUACUCUGGAGCCAACAAGGAUUUGCUCACUUUUUUCUGUGUUCACUUUAAUUUCAUGUCAUUUCGGGGGGGGCGAGGGGGGGCUUAAGAUGAAAGAGUUCACACAGUCAAACUUUAAGACUUUGUUACAGACUUCUUCUGCUUCUGAUGAAUCUGAGAGAAUCGUCAACAACUUCUUCCCUUUCUUUCUUUGAGUGAGAUGAAAAGAUUGAUAUCAUGAAACAGCUGCAUCCUUCCAAAGUCCAAAUACACAAUAUACACACAUCAACGUGUGUAAAGCUUGAAUCUUGUUACCAACGUUUGAGGUUUUAGAGGCAGAGACCUGUUGGAGCUCUAUCCUGACUAUUGUAUUCAUCCUCAUUAACAUUAGCUCCAUUAGUUCCACGAAGCACGUGUCAAUCUGAAAUUUUACAGGCAAAGAAGCCAAAUGAAAUAUUUAAUAAAGGACCAGCAUUGUUCUUUUACUCUUAUGAGUUGAGCAAGAAAGCCGCAGUAAUACAGAAAAGAAAUGUGAGACUAUUGUUCAUUUCUUACACGUCUGAAUUAAAUAACAAUGGUUCAAACCCCCUUAAUUGUAUGAUCCAGCAGUUAGCACUCCUGUAUCCACCACAACCUAACCCCACAAGAUAAUGUUAGCAUAGCAUGUGUUUUAGCAACCUUGUCUUUGUUAGAGUUUGGAAGCCAACAUAUAUAAAAAGCCUUUUAGAAACAUAUUGACACAAUAUUCUUUUAAAUCGAAGCAGUCAGCACUGUAGCAGUGUUAUGUUCACUAAUGUGCAAACUGGCUUUGACGUCAUCCAGCUAAUUGAAUUUGAACAUGACUUGUUUUGGACGGAGAGAAGUGAUUGGUUCUGGAGUCUUCCAGACCAAUGAGCCAGUCAUCAAUAAAGAGCUGCAGACGAGAGGCGCACUGGUCCGGGGAGCGAGCGCUAUCAUGUAACCAUCUUUAUGUCUCACUAUCAGAAAGAAAGAAAGUUCAAUUUCCCAAAAAACAUUAAACCUUGCCAGCAACAUGAUCAUUUGUUAUAAAGCUAUCCCUGGAAGCCGAGCGAAGACUAUUUUUUAGCAUUAAGCCAAUCUCUCCUGUCUUUCCAUGUGAUGUAAAUGUAGUGUGAUGGAGUGAAACUGAAGCAGUGGACUGUCCUGAGCAUAUAAACCUGGAGGCAGGCUGGAGGCGUCGGCCCCGGUCAGAUCCGAUGGUUUGUGUCAUAACAACACUCAGGAUUGUCGUCCCUCAUAUUGUGUUUUGAUCAUACCAUGUUGGAUUUCUCUUUUGUCUGUUCUUCCCUUUCAUCACUGUGUUUGACUCUGUGAAAGUGCCAUGAAUUAAACACUGAAAAUUGGAUAAAAAAAAAAAAAGUCUGA